AAUCGCCCCUGGUUUUUAGGACAAAAAUAAAAAUUAAUCAAUGAUCUCAUUUAUUUCCCUCACUAUUAAAAUAACCCCAACCCCAAACCAAAAUUAAAUGGAAUUCAGUUUUUCCCCCUACUCGGUCACAGUAUUUAAUCCUAACCUUCCUGAAUUUGUGUAACAAAACCCUAGAAGGAUUCUUGGUUUUUGAGAAUGUUAUCUGAAUUGGGUAGGAGACCAAUGAUAGGAAGUGGUGAGGGAUCAUUUGGGGAUGAUUUGGAGAAGGAAAUAGGGCUACUGCUCCGUGAACAGCGCAGUAGGCAAGAUGCCGAUGAUCUCGAACGCGAGCUAAACUUGUAUAGAAGUGGCUCUGCCCCUCCUACCGUGGAGGGUUCACUGAGUGCGGUUGGUGGGUUGUUUGGGGGUGGAGCUGCUACUGCAGCUGCCGGUAACCCUGCCUUUUCUGCUUUUGCUCAAGCUAAAAGUGGGAAUAGUUUUAUACCUGAAGAAGAGCUUAGGUCUGAUCCGGCUUAUCAUUCAUACUAUUACUCGAAUGUGAAUCUCAAUCCAAGGCUUCCACCUCCUUUGCUUUCCAAGGAGGAUUGGAAGUUUGCGCAGAGGUUGAAGGGAGGGAGCUCAGUGGUAGGUGGGAUUGGAGAUAGGAGGAAAUUGAAUAGAGCUGAUAAUGGUAGCAAUAGGUCGUUGUUUUCGAUGCCACCAGGGUUUAAUUCUAGGAAACAAGAGAACGAAGUAGAGGUAGAGAAAGUGCAUAGCUCAGGGGAUUGGGGCGGUGAUGGACUGAUUGGUUUGCCUGGUAUAGGACUUGGGAGCAAACAGAAAAGUCUCGCUGAAAUUUUUCAGGAUGAUUUGGGGCACCCUGCACCAAUCGCAAGAAUACCAUCUCGUCCUGCUAGUCGUAAUGCUUUUGAUGAGAACUUUGACAAUGUAGGCUCUUCUGAAUCAGAGCUGGCUCAUUUGCAACAUGAACUGACCUCCUCAGAUACUCUGAGGUCAAAUGCAAGUGUUCAAGGAUUAUCUGCAGUCCAUAAUAUUGGAUCACCUUCUUCAUACACUUAUGCUGCUGCUGUAGGUGCUCCCUUGUCUAGGAGUACAACGCCAGAUUCUCAACUUGGUGCUAGGGCUCCUAGUCCUGGCCUGACACAAACAGUAGGAGGCAGAGUUGGUAACUCUGAUAAAAGAAGCAUAAGUAGCCCAAGUCCACUUGGCGGUGUCGCACCUGGUGUCAAUGAUUCUGCAAAUCUGGUAGCAGCUUUAUCAGGCAUGCAUCUGACUUCAAAUGGUGUGAUAGAGGAGGGUAAUCAGUUACCUUCGCAGAUUGAGCAAGAUGCUGAAAAUCGCCAGAAUUAUUUGUUUGGUCUGAAUGAUGGUCAGAAUCAUAUCAAACAAAAGCUUUACUUGAAGAAAUCUGAAUCUGUGCAUAUGCCUUCAACUAAGAGUAAUGGGGGCAGAUCAGACUUCAAAAACCCAUCCUUGCUUUCUGAUAGGCAAGCUGAGUUCCAGAAAUCUGCUGUCUCCUCAAACACUUCUUACAUGAAAGGAUCACCUACUUCCACUCUCAAUGGUGCAAGCAGUUUUCCUGCUCAGUUUCAGCAUGGUGAUGGUGCAAAUUCAUCAUUUUCAAACUAUGGGUUAAGUGGUAACUCUUUAAAUCCUGCAUUGGCCUCUAUGAUGGCUAGUCAAUUUGGAACUAGUAAUAUGCCACCAUUAUUUGGAAAUGUUACUGCUUCAUCAGCUGUACCAAUCCUUGGAAUGGACUCAAGAGUGCUAGGGGGAGGUUUGGGCUCUGGACAGAACAUUUCAAAUGCUGCAUCUGAGUUGCAUAAUCUUGGUAGAGUUGGAAGCCAAAUAGCCGGGAAUGCUCUGCAGGCACCUUUUGUUGAUCCUAUGUAUCUACAGUAUCUGAGGACCUCUGAUUAUACUGCUGCGCAGCUUGCAGCUCUUAGUGAUCCCUCCAUGGAUAGGAACUUCCUUGGUAAUUCAUACAUGAACUUGCUUGAGCUGCAAAAGGCUUAUCUUGGAGCUCUGUUAUCACCUCAAAAGUCUCAGUAUGGUGGUGUUCCGUUGGGUGCUAAAUCUGGUAGUUCUAAUCUUCAUGGUUUUUAUGGUAGUCCUACCUUUGGAACUGGCAUGUCAUAUCCGGGAAGCCCCUUAGCAAGUCCUCUUAUUCCGAACUCUCCAGUUGGACCUGGUAGUCCUAUCAGGCAUACAGACCUAAACCUGCAUUUUCCUUCUGGGAUGAGGAAUCUUGCUGGGGCAGUCAUGGGACCCUGGCAUUUGGAUGCAGGAUAUAACAUGGAUGAAAGCUUUGCCUCCUCUCUACUUGAAGAGUUUAAGAGCAAUAAAACGAAGUGUUUUGAGCUUUCAGAUAUCUCUGGUCAUAUUGUUGAGUUCAGCGCGGAUCAGUAUGGCAGCCGCUUUAUUCAGCAAAAACUUGAAACAGCUACAACUGAAGAGAAGAAUAUGGUUUAUGAGGAAAUCAUGCCUCAAGCUCUUGCUUUGAUGACAGAUGUGUUUGGUAACUAUGUCAUUCAAAAGUUUUUCGAGCAUGGACUUCCAGCUCAGAGAAGAGAACUUGCUGGCAAGCUUUUUGGUCAUGUUUUAGCACUUAGUCUUCAAAUGUAUGGUUGUCGAGUGAUCCAGAAGGCAAUAGAAGUUGUUGAUCUGGAUCAGAAGAUUAAAAUGGUCCAAGAGCUUGAUGGUACUGUUAUGCGUUGCGUACGUGACCAGAAUGGCAACCAUGUCAUCCAGAAGUGCAUUGAAUGCGUUCCUGAGGAAAACAUUCAAUUUAUAGUCACAACUUUUUUUGAUCAAGUUGUGACACUUUCUACUCAUCCAUAUGGGUGCCGAGUGAUACAGAGGAUACUGGAGCACUGCAAGGACCCAAAAACGCAAAGUAAGGUUAUGGAUGAGAUUUUAGGAUCUGUCAGCAUGUUGGCUCAAGACCAGUAUGGCAAUUAUGUCGUUCAGCAUGUGCUGGAGCAUGGAAAGCCUGACGAGCGUUCAGUUAUAAUUAAGGAAUUAGCUGGAAAAAUUGUCCAGAUGAGUCAGCAGAAGUUUGCCUCUAACGUUGUUGAGAAGUGUUUAACUUUUGGUGGCCCAGAUGAACGUCAGUUGUUGGUGAAUGAAAUGCUUGGUUCUACCGAUGAGAAUGAGCCUCUUCAGGCAAUGAUGAAAGAUCAGUUUGCAAAUUACGUUGUACAGAAAGUACUAGAGACUUGUGAUGACCAGCAACGUGAGCUGAUCCUUUCUCGAAUUAAGGUCCACUUAAAUGCAUUGAAGAAGUACACUUACGGAAAGCACAUUGUUGCACGUGUAGAGAAGCUUGUUGCUGCUGGGGAGAGAAGGAUUGCUGCUCAGUCUCCGAAUCCGGCUUAGCUGGUAUAUGAAGGAACAUGUUUUGUACAGCUAACAGAAGCUAUGUGUUCAUUUCCUUAUCUUUGAUCUUCAGCCAUGGUACGACCCCAUCUUUUUAGACAGGUAAGAGCUGUAUGGAAAUAAAAAGUUGUCUGUACUGGAAAACUGUACAUUGUGUAGCUUAAGGUUUAUACAUAGAAUCAAGCAAAGCUGAGGUUUAGCUGUUGAAUACAUAGAACCGAUGCGCCUGCGGCGGAGUUAAAAUGAUUAUACCCGAGUUUCAAAGGGUGUAAAAUUUUUAACGGUGAGGUAAUUUAUAUAUCAUAGCGUGACUGUACAAAUGUUGGGAUGGAGAGCUGUUGAUGUAGUUGAGGCCUGAGUUUUUGCCCUCUCAAUGUAUGGUUAAUGACAUUUUCCCCCUAAAUGCGCAAUUUUCUUUGUGUUA